CCUGUGGGCGGCGGGCACACAGCGCUCCUGGCACAGCCUGGCCCAGAGCUAGGAGCGCAGCGGGCGGAUCGGGCUGUGGCACGGGGCGGCAGCGGACUUAGAGCCAGAAGCCUGAGCCUGGAGUUGCGCUGAGAGCAGAUGAAGAAAAUGAGGCUCAGAGAAAUUAAAUGCGUUGCCAGAGAUCACAUGGCCAGUAAACUGUGGAGCUCACAUAGGAACCCAACACACGUGGCUCUCAGAUCUAGUCUAGAGCUCCUGCCUGAACUACACUAAAGUGGUCCCCAUCAUGUGUGAGACGGGCAUGAUGUCCCCUGAACCGUCCAGCCCAGGCUACGACGGGGAAUCUUCAGACACGUAUCUCCAGGUUGAUCGCUGGCAGAGACUGCGCACAGCUGUCCGGAGGCUGGAAUUCUGGGAGAACUUUGAUGCUGAACUUAUUGGGAGUGGCUUCUUCUCCCAGGUCUACAAGGUGACCCAAAGUUCGACCUGCAAGGUGAUGGUGGUGAAGAUCUACAAGAAUGAUGUGGACCAACUGGUCAUCCUGAGGGAGAUCAGCCUGCUGCAGAAGCUGUCCCACCCCAACAUUGUCAGGUACCUCGGCAUCUGUGUGAGGGAUGAGAAGCUGUAUCCGAUCCUGGAGUAUGUAAAUGGCGGCUGCUUGGAAGAACUCUUGGCCAGACAGGAGGUGCCUCUGAGCUGGAAGGAGAAGGUAGCUCUGGCCUGUGACAUUACCAGGGGCAUGGUGUAUCUGCACUCCAAGAAUAUUUACCACCGGGACCUAAACUCCAAGAACUGCUUGAUCCGUGUUACAUCUCGAGGCCGGGAGGCCCUGGUUACCGAUUUUGGCCUGGCCAGAGAGGUGGUAGAGAUGCCUGCCGCAGACCCUGAGCGGAAGCUGUCCCUGGUGGGCUCGGCCUUCUGGAUGGCCCCUGAGAUGCUCCGGGGGGAGCCAUAUGACCGGAAGGUAGAUGUGUUCUCAUUUGGCAUUGUCCUUUGUGAGAUCCUUGGUCGGAUUCCUGCUGACCCUGAGGUUCUUCCCCGGACACAGGACUAUGGACUAGAUGUAGCUGCAUUCCAAGGGAUGGUCAAUGAGUGUCCCCCACAUAUCCUAGAUUUGGCUGCCAGCUGUUGCCGGUUGGAAGCUUUGAAGCGGCCAUCCUUCACUGAACUCCUGGAAGAAUUGGAAGAGAUGGCUGAGAUACUGGACUCCCAAACAGCCAGUUAGCUUUUGGAGAGUGAACUUUGGUGCCUGCUCCCACCUGACUUUCCUGCAGGGACAGACAGGGCUUCCCUACAUGACUGAGCCGUAAGCAGAUCCAGAAGGGGAUAGUUCCCUGCCUCAGCUUCCAUGGACUUGUUUGUGCUUGCUCUGCCGGCCGCUUUCUCAGAAGACUGGGCGAUACAGAGAGCUCAGCAGAUAAUACAGGGAGAGAGUUAUUACAGAAGUAACUCAGAUGGGAACAUUUUCUGGGACUCAUUUGUAAUAUAAAUAACCAGAAGUGCUCUCGGGAUGGAUGGAGAUGACUACUUUCCCUUGUGGGUUCCAUCAUGGGCACCCUGGAACCCCCAAAUCCAGCAUGGUAACCAUGGGUCAAUAUUCCUUUUGGGAAAGAAGAGAUUACUAGGCCAAACCUGAAACUCAACCAUCUCCGUCCAACUCCUUCCACAGCCUUGCCAGUGACCUCCUUAACUCGAGAAAUGUCCACCCUGGGUUCCUGAUUUCUUGUUUGGUGACUUCCUCUUCUGAACCACUAUAUCAAGAAAAGCCCCCUCUAAGGGCUUGGGCCUUUGGCCCAUCCUAAGUAGAGGGGUUAUUUAAGCCCUAUUCCCCCCCCCCCCUCUCUCUCUCUCUCUCUCUCUCUCUCUCUCUCUCUCUCUCUUUCUCUCUCUCUCUCUCUCUCUCUCUCUCUCUCUUUCUCUUUCUCUCUCUUUCUCUCUCUCUCUCUCUCUCUCUCUCUCUCUCUCUCUCUCUCUCUCUCUCUCUCCUGUUUGUAAUUAAAACUCCAUAAAAGGUAAAAAAAAAAAAGAAAAGCCCCAGCUAUGGCUCCCUUUUCCUCCUACUUUCUGGACAGCUCCUCUGUCACCUUUUUGUUGCUUCUUCCUCCUCUCUCUCUCUCUCUCUCUCUCUCUCUCUCUCUCUCUCUCUCUCUCUCUCUCACUUCUGAAAUCAUGAGCCACGAUCAGAUGAACUCUGGCUCAAUCUGCUCCACUAGACCCAUCAUGAUCUCUAUAACUUUCCCACCUAAGUGACCUUUCCUGGCCACCACUCUCCUCUGGGUGUUGUUUCUCCCAAUAGAAUGCAAGAUCGCUGAGGUCAGGGACUGGCUUCACUUUUGUAGAGGCACCUCCGUUGCUUAAAUGGACAAAUGAUGGAUAGGCAGGGGGGGUUAGGGCAAAGGGCCCCUGAGUGACUGGCUCUGUAGCCUUCUCUCACAGUCCUGGGCAUUUAUUAUCCCUUUGGGGCUCCUUGGGAGACCCAUCCCCCUGGGAUUAAGGAAGCCACAGGGUCUGAACGUGACCCCUCAGUUCCUACUUCCCUGAGGAAGCCAAGAGGGCUAAAAGGAUGAGGGGAAGAUUUGUACAAAGCCAACUUGCACUCUCUCCCUCCUCUGACCUGGGAGGAAGGGGGAGGAGAAUUUGGGGAUGAGCUUUCCUGAGCCUGGAAUCAUCUCAUAGCUACCCAACUAAAUAUCAACAUGAUUGUCUCUCCCUGGGAUGGAGGCCGCCCCACAGAUGGUCGUUCCUCCGUACCCCUCUUCCCUCAUGCAAGACACUGUGUCCUAAGAACCUCUAUCGAGGGGUCUCAUCUCAGUCUGCGUCUCGGCUCAUGCCAGCUGGGUGUCUCUGAGAGAGGCAACUUCCCAGGCCAGACCCAAGCAGCCUGACCACCCAGCUUCCCAAGUACCCGGGCGUCUGAAUGGGUAGUGGAUGUUUAUUUACAUGAGGGAGAUCUCUCCAAAGAGCAGACUAGUUCACAACCCCAUGACAUCUUUCUUCCCAAUGCUAUCACCUCGACAACCCCAGCUAGCUUUCUUCAGGGGUCAGUGAAGUUGGAGUGAGCGAGGGAUAGCCAAAUGGAGCAGGGGUGCCGUGGGGAGCACCAGGCAGGAAGCCUGGCUAUUGACUUUCACUGUGUUUUGCUGUGUGAAUUUGAAGAAGUCACUAAAACUCUCUGGGAUUAAGAGGGGCCUGUCAAAGUUUCUCCAAUGUCCUAUGUGAGGUAUGCCUUACUCUGCGCGGGGACUGUUGGCAACCGUUGAAGCACCAAUUGGCUGGUUGGACAAUAUCCCCCCCACCCCUUGAGGCUGGGUUCUGGAUGGGGCUUGAGGAUAGGGGAGAAUUCAGUGAAUUGAUGGCUCUUGGUUGUAGAACAUAACCACCAGAUGGCCUGGGAGGAAGGAGAAUGUCCUGGGCAGCAUUGGAAACACGGGCAGACACAGCAUGUACUCCAGAACCGCUCUGGCUCUGUUCCCCUGAUCCAAGGUCCUAGGAAAAGUCUUACUAAAUAGAAGAAAUAAAGCUUGUUGAAUCCGAUAAA